UGCCCCGCCGCCCUACUGCCCUAGUAUUCCCCUCCACUGGAUCAUCAAGCCUUCAUAGGACCAACUCUUAACAGCCCAGAAUGAAAGAAAACUUAGAAAGUGCUUGUUCUUAUGGUAGAAGUAAAGAGUAGCCUGCUCUCUGGCCACAAGGUGUCGCACUUAGUGUACAACUGAAGAGUGCUGUGAAGGCUUGGCAGGUUAGCCCCAACAUUUCUCCCUUCUUCCAGUGUUUUUGAGUGCUACAGGACCCUAUAGUAUCCACUGUGUGUUGUGUGCACUGACCCCAAAUAAAAGGUGACUUUUUUUCCCAUUGACUCAAGCAUGUCUGACCUUGUUGCUUUUCUUGGGAGAAGUCACUUAUGGGGGAGGUGGGGAGUUGGCACCCUGGACUGCCCUCUAUUAGAUCUUCCUUGUACAGAUGAGAAGCCUCCCCCAAAGCUCACAUUCUAUUGUUAUUUAAAGAGAGGGGUACCUUGGAAGGAAACUUCCCCACGUGGCCACUUCUGUUCUCCCCUGAGAAAAAGAACUCUCAGGUAGCCUUUGGGAAUUUUAAUAGGGUCUCAUGUAACUCAGGCUGGUCUUUAAUUCUGUCUGCAUCCUAGGUGCUAUUAUUUUAGGCCCGAGUACCUUUUGGGAAUUUCAUUAUAGAAUGGGAGAGGAGAAACCUCUAUGCAUGGUGAGCCAAUAGAUUCCUGUUGAGCUGUUUUCUCCAGGGCUUGCAUGAGAGCCAAUAGCAGAUGCCCCUCGGGGCCACUUUGGUCAGGGUAUUUGUGAACCAGAAUAGGAUCCUCUUUGGUUAUUUUCCAACUUGUUUGUGGCAGGGAGAUGUUGAAGCUGGAAAACUGGAAACUUGAGUCCAUCCCUAGCCACAAAAUGAGAUUCACACCGUGGUAUUUCUAUGACAGGCCACCGGAAGCCUCUGGACCUGAGCUCUCAGAUGCCCACAUGACAUGGUUGAACUUUGUCCGCCGGCCAGAUGAUGGGGCCUCUAGAAAACGUUGUCGUGGCCGAGACAAGAAGUCGCGAGGCCUCUCGGGUCUCCCAGGGCCCCCAGGACCCCCUGGCCCUCCUGGUCCACCUGGUUCCCCUGGUGUGGAAGUUACCCCAGAAGCCUUGCUGCAGGAAUUUCAGGAGAUGCUAAAAGAGGCCACAGAACUUCGAUUCUCAGGGCUACCAGACACAUUGUUACCCCAGGAACCCAGCCAGCGGCUGGUGGUUGAGGCCUUUCACUGUCGUUUGAAGGGCCCUGUGCUAGUGGACAAGAAGACUCUGGUGGAACUACAAGGAUUCCAGGCUCCUACUACCCAGGGCGCCUUCCUGCGGGGAUCUGGCCUGAGCCUGUCCUUGGGCCGAUUCACAGCCCCAAUCUCUGCCAUCUUCCAGUUUUCUGCCAGCCUGCACGUGGACCACAGUGAACUACAGGGCAGAGGCCGGUUGCGUACCCGGGACAUAGUCCGUGUUCUCAUCUGUAUUGAGUCCUUGUGUCAUCGUCAUACGUCCCUGGAGGCUGUAUCAGGUCUGGAGAGCAACAGCAGGGUCUUCACAGUGCAGGUUCAGGGGCUGCUUCAUCUACAGUCUGGACAGUAUGUCUCUGUGUUCGUGGACAACAGUUCUGGGGCAGUCCUCACCAUCCAGAACAGUUCCAGCUUCUCCGGAAUGCUUUUGGGUACAUAGAGGAGCUGAAGAAAUGACUGAGGAUUGAGGAACCAACACCUUGCUUUUUAGAGGAGCUGAAAAGGACUAUUCCCCUUUUAAUAGUUUUCAUAGCAAUAAAGAACUCCAAACGUCUUCAUCA